CGACUUGGAGGUCGUUUCGUCUCUUCGACUAUUUAUUGCGUGAUUAUUGAUUGUAUUUUUUGUCUGAACAAUAAAAAACGGGUUUCAGCAUAACUGACAAAAAAACAAAGCCAAAGACGAAAUUAAUCUAAAGUUUUAUUAUCUCAUGAAAUUUAAUGAGAGUUAAGAAUCAUCAAGGCCCGAUAAGAAAUGAAACAAAAUAUUUACUCAUCAGACGCAGUAAGGCAUAGAAAAUACUGAAACUAAUAGAUAACAGUGUUGACCGAUUAAAUAAUUCCAUACAGAAACAAAAACAAACAAAAAAAUUGAUCGUGACAUUGUACUUUAAAGCUAAACAAUGGGUAUGGAAUUAUAGAUGAGAGAGUAGUUAAAAUAUUUCAUAAAAAGGUUUCUCUCUCAUCUCAGUGUGUUUAAAAAAAGGCGCUUUUUAUACGUGACUGCUGUGAAAGGUGUAAAUUAAUACUUUUCAGCAUAAAGAAGUGAUUUGAUGCGAAACACGCAAGUUGCAUCAUUAAAAGUUCUGCACUACUAAAAGAUAAGCACAAAACAAAAAUUAGAACAAAGAACAUGAUCGAACAUCGAAGUACAGACGAUGAGAGUGAACAAGUUUCAACGAGCAUCAAUAAUGAUGAAGUAGCUCGAUUGCCGGUUGAAAACGUAAAACGCAAUAAUUUCACAUUGGAACCUGCGUUGUUUUUGAUCAUUUUUGCAUGGAGUUUGACGACUGCAGUUUUUACGAAUCAAUUGAUGUAUCAAGCAUGCAAAUCAGUAUUUCAUUUAAAUGAAACUACCUGUAUCCAACUUGGUACUAAAAAUGAGUCAGAAGCUAUCGAAAAGACUGAAUCCGAAGUGCAGUUAUACGUUGCAAAUAUCUUGCUGGGCAAACAAAUUCUGGAAACCAUUGUUGGAGCUGUAACCUGUUUGCGUUACGGACCAUGGUCUGAUUUGCAUGGAAGGAAGCCCAUUUUAGUAGCUGUUUGCAUGGGAGCUCUUGUGCAGUAUUUCAUCGUCACUAUGAUCUCCACACUCUCUGACAAAUUCCUAAUUAACCCAUGGUGGUAUUUGACAGCUUCAUUUCCCGCCGCAAUCACGGGAGGCGGAACAACAUUGACUUUUGUUGCGUUUUCGUACAUAAGUGAUCUGACAGAACCGAGUAAAAGAGCUUAUAGAAAUGGAAUCACACAAGCGAUAAUUCUGAUAAGUGUUCUACUUGGAUCGAUUUCUUCAGGAUAUUUGAAUGACUGGACAAACUCUGAUGUAGUAUUUGGGGUUGCGACAUUGUGUGUCUUCCUGGCAUUAGUUCAAAUUGUGAUCUUUCUACCAGAAACAGUUUCAGAUCAUAACAGACAGGAGCGGUAUAAUGACAUUGUUCGUCCCAAACUUUAUAAGGAAAUUGUUCAUACACUCAUGAAGGAGAGACCCAAUUAUGACAGAGCCGUUGUUUGGUUUGUACUUGUCGCUGUCGGAUUUGCUUCAUUCGUGACAGAUGGGACAAUGACCGUUUUCUAUCUUUUUGUGCGUAAACAAUUUGAAUGGACUAUCGAGAACUAUACAGCGUAUCUCUCUGCUAAUAUGACCUUUGGAGCAAUUGGAAGUAUCUUUGCGUUGGUUCUCUUGAAGAAAGCUUUCAAAAUGAACGAUAUCAUACUUACGAUUUUUGGAUAUCUUAGUUCAAUGGGACAAGCUCUAAUUGUAGCAACUGCAAAAACCUCAUGGCAAAUGUAUGUGUCAGUCCUUGUAGGAGGCGUUAAGAACAUUUCCUAUGUCACGUGUCGAAGUAUUCUCACAAAUAUGGGACCUGAUUCAGAUAUUGGUAAAAUCAAUGCUUUGAUAACUUCAACAGAAGCUGUUUUUCAGUUAGCUGGCGCUCCAAGCUUUACGCAGCUGUAUAAGGCGACACUCGAUACAUAUCCAGGAGCUUUUAAUUUGCUAAGUGUUUUGGUUUAUUUCAUUGACGCCCUAUUGAUCAUCAUCGUUUAUGCAAUCCAGGCGAUAAGUGUGGCAUCACCGACAUACCGAGAGUUGUGAUUUAUAUGAAAAAAUUCUUAUCAGUGUAGUCUGUGAUAUCAAUAAGUAUAAAUAUAAAUAGUUUAAUUGAAUCAUCGCCGAGUGAUCUGUGACCUUGUUGGGGGAAAGUAGUGCAAGAGUGAUGGAUAGAUGUCAAAAUAUUACUUGAAAAAUGUAAAAAUAAAUUGUCAAAGAGAUAAAUUGUUGCUGAGAAUCAAAAAAUUGACUGGUAUGACUUCCCAAUUGACGAAAAUUCACAGAAUUAUAGAAAACACAUAUUACGACGUCAUUAUUUUGACCGAAACAUGGCUUCGCCCACAUCACCUUAAUACUGAAAUAACAUCUUCAAAUUGGAACAUCUCAAGACUUGAUCGAUCUGAAUUAAUUCUGAACUAAUAAUGAAGAGUUAAUUCAUCUAGCAUAAAAUUUAAAGAAAAUAUCUAUGCUAUUAUCGGAUUUUUCAAGGCAAGAUUUUUGAUUCGAAUCUUUAAACUGACCGCUUUUUGUUCUUGAAAAUGUUUUUAAAUCAAAAAUUAAUGAAAUUUCGAAGCAAAAGUUAGAAAGUAUCCCAC